AUGGCGCCGGAACCCAAAAAGCAAGCAGCAAAGGGCCAAAAGCAGAUUCACAAGGAAAACCAGGACACGCUUUUAUUCUACAGCGUUGUUGCCGUUGUUGCAAAUCGGAAGCUCUUCCUGAUUUCCAUAGCUUAUCUCGGAGCGGUGAACUUUAAUUACCUUAUUACAUUUAAUUAAUUUAAAUCAAUAUUUUGUAGCUUAUCUUUGGUCGCCAAAAUAUUCCUCAUUUUUGGUUGCAUCAUGAAAAGAAUGAGCCGAGCGCGUUUCUCCGCGGAUGGAUCAUUAAUUGAGGCGGGAACCGAUUUGAACAUGCAGAGCGGAAUGGCGGAGCACUUGAAAGAUGUUAUUAUCUUAAUGGCCAUUGUUCAGAUUUUAGGAUUGUUGUGGAAUUACGUAUGGUUAGCGUUAUUGCUGAUACCCGCCCGACUAUUCCAGCUGCUUUGGAAGAAUGUGUUAGCGCCAUACUUUUUCGCCCCCGCACCACCGGAAAUGGAUGAGAAAAAACAGAAGAAAAUGGAACGCAAAAUGCGACGCUGAUGAUUUGAAAAUUUGUUUUCUAUUCCUGUCCUGUUGGUGACUGAAAUUUUAUUUUUGUUUCUGAUUGCUAAUUUAUUGAAGAUCGGCAUGAAGAUUAAGAAAAAGCUUUUG